UGGACUCGGCGUUUAUUUUUAAACAUGGGCUUAUAAUAAAAAUGGAAUUGGCUUGAUUUUCUCAAUGGGCACUCGGAGUAAAAGGGAGUUUUGGACGUCCUAGAGAUUCUCUGCCAAUGUUAAUUGUGUGUCGAGAGCAUAAUGGCUACCCUUUAGUUUUUCACUCCGUGCCCAGUUUAUUUACGCUUCGUCGUAAAUAGUUAUGAGUUUGUUGCCGAGGAUUGGCCGAAGAUACCGAAUCGGAUUAUGAAAAAGGUGUGAGGAAAAAUGGGUCAGCCGAGUCAAUGGAGUCCGCGGAGUCAGAUUUGUGGAAGUGCGUUUGAAAUCGACUCGAUGAUGUGAGAGGAGCGGCUUUACACCCUGGCCCGACUUGGAGGCCUACGAGGAGAAAGAAUGCCGACGGUCGUCGAAUGUGCCGUUUUUCUGUGAUCGAUCCGUUUGUUGUUAUUGACGAUGUCCGCCUCGAGCCCAGUUAUGCAAGGUUUUAGAAAGAGCCGUUUGAAGAGGACGUCCGACGUGGCGAUGUUCUUCCUCGCGUUCGUCUUCAUUUUCUUCGGCCCGGCCGACUCGGAAGAGAAUUUCGCCAGCGUCAUGGCAUCGGACAAACGAGCUCUCGACAGUGAAACGAGUGAAGUUUUCAAUAAGACUCUUGCGUCGAAAGACAGUUCGAAAUUUUAUUUGCGGGGAGCCCGAACGCCUCCGACCCCACCGACGCGUGUCAUACCCUCAUAUUCGCCUCCGGGACGCGUUUUCACUCCGCCGUUGCCCCCGGCAGUCGAGACGUACCCGUUUUCGAAUAAAGCCAUCCUCAGGAGCAGCAAUUCGGAUUCGGUGAACAUGGGCAACCGGCGGCCGAUCCCUCCACCGCCUCCGCCGUUCAAGCUCUCGCCCGAGGAGCUCAUCCCGAUCAGGCCGCCCGACCUGCCUCCCAGGGACUCAAAGAAGAAGACUCUCAACACGCCCAGCUUCAAAAAAGUCCCGGAUGCUUCCACGUACACUGAGACUUCCAGCACGACGACGUCGAACACUCGUAUAAACGACACGUUCGACUUCGUCCCGAUUCUGCCUUAUCCCAGCGUUUCCAGGAUCCUGUCCGGUGGGAGCGGGAGGAAGCACGACAGCCUUCAGGACAUCUUGGAACGAACCAGGCUUGAGCACGAUAAAGAGCCUCGUACCAUAAAGCAGAACAAGGUCAAGUCGUUAGUCCCACCGGUCAAAGUGGAAGAGCCUGAGAAAAAGGUCAAGGAAGAAGAGGAAGACGAGGAGGAUGAUGAAGAAGAGGACGAAGAAGAAGAAGUGGUGGAGACGCCUAAAGAACCUCCUCGCAGGGAAGAUAAAGUGAAGGAACCGCCUGCCCCACAGCCGACGGAGCCGCCAAAAUGGGGCGAAGAAGCUCAGAAGCAAGAAGUGACUGAAGACGGUGUGGAAUCGGAGGCAGCUCAUCAACCCGAGAGACAAGAGCCUCGGACGAGGCACGUACUGGGUAUAGCUUGGGACAUUCAUGUAUAUUUAAUUGCGACGUUAUUUGCCCUUCUUGCCCUUUGCUCUCUAAUAAAUAUUGUUAGACUGACCUAUUAUAAGCAUUUGCUGAGCCGAGGGUAUUUCCUCUCUGUCCAUGGUAUUUUAUUGAUUAUAGGGUGCAUGCGGAGUUUUUACUUAUUCUACGAUGCUUAUAAUAUCAACAAUACGUUACCGAUCGAAGUGUCGAACCUCUUGAUGCACAUGGUGUUCCCGUUGCUCACUUCCGCCUUUUCCAUUCUGUUUCUUUUCCUUUUGACUGCGGCGGAAGUCAAAGCAAUGAACAACAGGAUACAGAGGGUUUCGUUCUUGGCGGUUUUUAUAGUUUUGUACUUAGCGGUCAGCUUCAGCAUCCAUUUUUACGCUAAGGAGACACCCUACUCGGUACUGCUGCCUUUGAUAUGUCAAUGUAUAUUCAUUAUAUUGUGUGUAGGGCUAGGCCUUGCAUAUUUGUAUCUGUACAAAAGUCUUUCACAGUCGUGUGUCCAGAAGGCAGGCCAUAUGUACAGCACUGAAGGCGAAAGGUGGAGUUUGGCGCAUGCGGUGCGUGUGACACUCGCAACGGCCAUGCUGAGUCUCCUCAUGGCUGCAGUCCACCUUUAUGGCAUGCUCGGCGAUUACGAGGUCCUCACCAAAGACAGACCUCAACCUUGGCUCUGGUGGGGAUUCCAGUUAUCGGUGCGGGUCAUAGAGAUAUCGAUGUGCGCCCUCUUGGCAUGGGCUGGCAUGCAGAGGGACACGACCACACUCCCAGAACAGCCGGCCAGUGUCGAAGAUAUUUACCCAGCCAUUUGCACGACAAACCAAGCUUACACUAUGAGGUCGACCAAGCACUACGAUGACACUUUCCCUCUCAACAGCCUACACACUCACAGCCACACCGCCGAAAGGCGGUCCAUUAAAAAACAUCCAUCCCUAGAUCGUAGACUCCAACCUUCGCCGUCCAUGUUAGUCGCUGAAAACGGAUUCGUCCGAUUUCGCACGAUAGCGGAUGCGGAAUUGCCCGAUGACGCUUAUGCGACUGCCAACAGCAUUCAUGAGUUUGCGUGAAAACCUUAAAAUCUUUACCUUGUAGAUGUUCCUGUAGUUGAUGUUUAUAGUGGAUACGACAUUCCCGCUAUUAUGUGAUUUUAACAAGUGGUUUAACUACUACUGCUGUAUUUUAGAAAUCAAAGCUUAGGUUUAUAUUAUAUAUAUAAUAAAAAAAAUCUUUUAUUGGUCCUGUCUGACCGAAAUCAGAGUCUGAUAUAUUUGUAAAAUAUUUGGUCCCUUUUAAGAGUAAUUGCGUAUCACUGUCGAUGUUUAAACAAAAAAAUUUAAUGUACUGAUCUUAAUUUUUUUUACUUUUUUACUGCUUAGGUUUUGUUGAAUAUUUUACAAAAUUUAGUUCGCCCAAAAUGCACUGUCUAGGUAGAACCUUAGAGGGAGAAAGAAACAACUGAGAUGGUCUUGUCUUCUCUUUCGUCCAGUUAUUUAUUAACUUUUACUUUCCGAAGCUUUAAAAAAAACAGUAAGAACGAUAACAUACUACUGUGAACUCCAGACAAAUUUUUAAUUUUUUUUUUCUUACUGUGGAUACGAUAAAAUUUUGCAUAUAUCUAGAAUAUAAAAGAAUUUCCCUCAAAAGUUGAUUUGCACCGUUAGGCGGGGUUGCCAUGUAAAAAAUUAUAAAAGCUUUAAAUUUAUAUUAUUUAUUUACAUUCUUUAAAUGUCUCUUCUUUUUAAAGGAAUGCUCAUCGAUUAAUUAACACUUAUUACAAAUAAUUAUCGUUAAAUAUAUUUAAUUUAAUAUUUAAAAAUUAUCACAUUCCACCUAUAGUUAAGUAGUUAUAUAAUAAAAUAUAUUGUCACUAUAUGAAAUAAA